AUGCGUCUCACCCUCCUACCCGCCCUCCUCGCGGGCAGCAGCACCCUCGCCCUCGCCGCGACCAGCGACACAACAACACGCACAGCAGCCAUCUACAUCCAACCCCUCAACGGCAAAACCAACAACAACCACCCACCACCCGCCCCAGCCCUCCUCGCCGAAAUUGCCAUCCCCGUCCUCUCCCAUGAUGACACCAACGAACAAGCGAAGCUCGACGCAGCGGCCGCCGUGGCUGGGAUAGAGGCGGAGGUGAUCUCGUAUUCUGCGCCGGAUUUGUUUGGGUCGGGGUCGGGGGGUGGAGAUGAUGAUGCGGAGGACGAGGACGCGGCCGAAGGCGAAGCGGAAAGGGGAGACAACGACGCCGAAAAGAACCUCCUAGUCCGCAUCGGCCUGUACUCCCCCGCAACCAAAACCUGGGUAUCCUCCACGUCCCUAGCAUCAGCAGACAACUUUGCCAAGGGCUACGCGCCGCGGUUUUUGGUGACUGUCAGCGGUGGCAGUGAGGAGGAAGGCGGUGGUCAGGUACUGGGUGUGACGUGCCGGGGCGUGGCGAUCGAUGCGGGCGUGACAAGGGAUUUUGGCCCGCAGGCGGUGGUGGUGGCUUCGGCGGCGGGCGCGCAGCCGGCGCUGGGGAAGCCGGUGGUGCUUGGGGAGGGGGGCAGGAAGGUGCCGGAGGCGGGGGAGAAAUCGUUUUUGCAGAAGUACUGGUGGGUGUUGGCUAUCGGUCCCGAGACGGGUGCUGCCCCCGCGACCGACUCCAAGGGCAAGGGCAAGGCUGCUCCGGCUGACCAGCACGCCGAGGACGCCUCGAUGGUCGACGAUGAUGACGACGACGAUGAGGAUGAGGAGGGCGAUAUCGACAUCGACAAUGUCAUCGGUCGCCGCACCCGCGGCAAGGUGAUUGACUUCGCCAAGGCCGCCCAGGAGAACCCGGCGGCCGACGAUGACGACGAGGAUGACGAUGAGGACUUUGUUGACGGUAACGAGAACAACAACAACAACAUGGACGAGGACUAG